AAUCCAACAAUCUCUGAUUAUGCGUUUCUGUAGGAUGGAGUUCCUUUGGCUGAUCCUGAUACUCUGCGCCCUGGUCAAAACCAACCCAGCAGACGUAAUCACGAACGGACCCCCUACGGGAAUCGUUCUCCGCGACGACCCAGGACUCCUCAUAACUAACUGCAGAGUACACACGCAGAGGGUGUAUGUCCGCCUAGAUGCAGGGAAUGUGUACCGCCAACACAUUCCACCUGCGGAGCAUUUGAGUUGGGCCGGGGCUGACUGGACCAGCCAGGCAAUUAAGCACGCCCAGCUAGACACUGCCCAUAUGUUGGCCCAACUCCAAAAGUUCACAGUAACCCAGUCAGAACUAGCAGAGCCCAGGCGAGAGAAACGAUUCGUCGGGGCGCUACUAUCGAUAGGGGCAGCCGUAGGGUCACUAUUUGCCCUAGGUACCACUGCCGUCAACGCAGUCAGUYUAGCCACAGUCAAGAGGAAUGUUAGGGAGAUUACUGAAGAGAUGCCACUUAUCCAGCAGCAGAUGAAGGCACAGGCCCUCAGGUUGCAACAUGUGGGAAAGUCUCUCCAGGACACUAUUCUGGUGGUCAACACACACGCUACUCUCCUGAACAAAACUAUCCUGACUGUUACCAUGAUCCUUGGUCUUAUUUCCCUUGGCGUGUGCACCUACUACGUACACAGGCGCACACGUGCAAUGGAAGACCUAAUGAGGUCUUAUACUAGGAUCACCCGUGGGACGGAAGCGAUUCCAAUUUUUGGAAAGUUGGCAAUAGAUCCUGAAACCCCCUUAGGGGGCCCAGUCCCAGCCUCCUCUCCCGAACUCGUUAGGUCAGCCCAGUAAUGUGCCCAAUGUAAGCUUUGGCCUUCAGGAGCCAAGUUUUUCCAAGUGCCUUAACUACCCACCUGCAAGUAGGAUCACCCUAGACAUGACAUUAGAGACAAUGCCAUGAUAGAGUCAUUUAGCCAAGACCUUGGACAUAUAUAGAACAUAGUCCAAAUUAGAUGAUUAAGGUGUGGUAGACACAUUUUGUAUACUUUUAUGUUUUUAUUCCAUUAUUUUUCGUUUCAUUUCCUUUGACACUUAGSAAGCAGUAGAGCCCACAUGCCRCUCGUUUGGGGAGGAAAUGUAAUGAUGUAUUGCCUGAGUGUUGUGCGUUAUUAACGUCUGCCAAGUUACUGCCUAGGUCCACUAGCCGGGAUAACCGGACAACGGGCCGGAACACAGAGCCACUGCCGGACCUCCCAGGUCCAUUCUGGUGGUUGUCCGCAGCUUGUGGAAAUCCUACCAGAGUGAACCACCAAAGGAGGGGGGGGAGGGACUGCUACGAUGAUCCACAAACCAGGACAUUCUUAUGGUGGGUUGCAACAUGCAGAAUGAUUCCAAGUUGAACCUACCAGAGGGGGACUGUCAUGACGGUCCUGACCAGGUCAGGUUACAGGACACCCACAACCCCAACAGAGGAGGAGAGAUCUAGGGUCUGAAGAUGUUUUUUUUAUCUGGAGUAC